ACUGCAUGAGAUUGUUUCCCGGGGAGUUUGAAAGUGUUGCACCAGCCUGUAGGGCUGUUUUCAGUCUUUUUUCAGUGAAGGAACCAGCAGAGAUUAGGGUCACAGACACCCAAAUAGAAUGUGAGCCAAAGACAAUUAUACGUAUUGUCAUACAAUAAACUCCCAGAAAAGCAGACAGAUUUCCAAACACUCACAGAUAUGUAUGCUAUGUAACUGCAGAUAAAGUAACUAACACACAAAAGGUAACAGACACAUAGACAGACACUCACACCCACAGGCUGCCGCCCUUUUACAGAGUCACUGACCUCCCGGGGCCUUCUCUCCUUCAAUUACAAAACAUCAAGUUUUGCAACUUUAGGCAAGUUUCGCAAGUCUCUCUUUAAUCCUCUGCCAUUUCCACAGACUCCACAUUCUAGCCCUUUGCUGCCCUGCCUGUUCUAGCUUUACUCCUCCCUGUAGCUUAGCCUUGUGCCGCGUUCAGCCCUUGUGUCAAAGUGAAUCUCUUGUGCAGCCAGAGCAUGGGGACUCCGGAAGCCUGGAAGAAGUGGAUACUGCUGUUCGCGAUCUUCACACAACGAUCUGUUGAAGCACAAGCUGUUGGUCUUGCAUACAAAUCUGGUGCAUUGUUUACAUAUAAGUACAAUGUGGAUUUGUUAUUGGAGACAUUAUCCAGUCCAGCAACAUUGCCAGGAUCGGGAUUCAGGAUUGAAGCUGUCGUUGGGCUUCAUGUGGUUUGGGAAAACAGCAGCAACCAACAUGAGCAGCUUGUUCAGUUGCAAAUUGAAGAAGUACAAUUGUUAAAUGUGUCAGAACGAAUGGGCAGUCAAAACACCUUUAAAGAUAUUCCCACUGAGUCUUUGCUGGGGCCUACUGUGACAAAAGGAUUGAAAACGCCUGUAAUGUUUCACUGGAAAAAUGGAAAGAUGGAGGCUCUGUAUGGCUCUGUUGAUGAAACAGGAUUCAUUUUAAACCUAAAGCGAGGCCUGGUCAGUCUUUUCCAGCUCCAGCUGAAUUCUGGUACCAUCACUGAGAUUGAUGUAUCUGGCAACUGCAGAGUCACCUAUGAAACUGCCAGUAACCAGGUGACAAAGAUCAAAGACCUUCGUAGCUGUGAGAGGCCAGAAUCUGGAUUGGGACUGUCCAAUCAGGUUCUGGGAGUUCAGUGGCAGCCCACCUGUAAAGGCCUUUAUUCUGUGGAGAACGGCGUUAUCAAAACAGCUGUCAGUGAGGAGGAUCACGUGAUCAGCCUCAAUCUCCAAUCGAUGGUUGGUGCCAAGAUCAGCUCAAGGCAGCAGCUUCAAUACUUGAGUUCAGAACAUAGGCCCGAAGAAUAUUAUGGGAAAAGUCUUCAGGAAACAUUGCACAACCUUGGAAUCGAUACACACUUACCUCUGACUGGUACUCUGGAAAAGGUUCCCUGCAAAGUGUGCACAGCUGCAAAUGAUUACUUGAAAAGCCUCAAUAAAAAGACUGCCCUGCAAGAUCUUUCUAAGGUAUCCACAGCAAAGACUUUCCUGGCUUUUGUUCAGCUAAUGAGAGAGGCAAAGAAGAUUGAAAUUCUGAACUUGCUGAAGAAAGCAGGAGACACUGAGAUCUUCUUCCUGAUAGACUCAGCUACAGCAGCACAAACAGAGGCAUCACUGAGUGCCGUUUCUGAAUACCUGGAUUUCACCAAGGAUGCCCAGAUUCCUCAAUUGCGGACAUUCUUGUACGCCAGUGCCUUCACUUCACACCCCUCCAAACAGCUUUUACACAUCUUGCUGGCUAAGCUUCAGGACAAGAUACCAAGCAGAGAAAUCCAAGAGACAAUUGUCUUGGUGAUUGGAGCAGUGAUUGGCAAGAUGUGCCAGCAGAACCUGUGCAAACUCCAGGAAGUUGAGACUGCAAAGAAAACGAUUUUGGACAGGCUGAACGCAGCUACGGAAGAGGCAGAUAUAAAGAUGUACCUCCUGGCCCUUAAGAAUGCACUCCUGCCAGAAACCAUCCAACUCCUGUUAAAAUACACAGAGUGGAAGACGAGCUCAGUGGCAGCUAUUGCUGUGACUAUACUACAGAGAUUUCCAAACAUCCAUAUCACCCAGGAGGUGAAGAAACAGAUGAACAUGAUUUUUCACCAGAGCAGGAAUCAGUACGGGGGAACUGUGCGACUGGCUGCGUUUGAUGUGAUUCUGAAUAACCAUCCCUCAGCCAUGGAGUUGAAAAAUAUCUUGCUGUCCAUCGGAGAAAUUGAAUCGGAACUGUCUAAGUUUAUCGUUGCAAAACUGCAGAAUAUUCUACGCUCUGACUACCAUCCAGCAAGCAAAUUAAUUCACAAAGCCCUGAAAGACACAAUGAUCUAUAACUACCACCGACUAUCCAGAACUGGGAGUUCAUCCUCCUCCUCAGGCUAUUUAGCAGUUACUAAAGAUAUGGUGACCUCAUACAACAUGGAUUUAAUCUUUGGAGACAGUGGUGUCUUGGAGCAGAGUCAGUCUGAUUUCAUAGUAUCUACGGGGAAAAAUAAACUUCUCGCAAGCCAGGUAUCAAUCGUAGCCCAAGGUCUCGACUCAUUUUUCAGGGAAAGUUCGAAGGAAGUUGAGGAUGAUGAUGAUGGUGAAGCCACGGCCAGUAUGUCCGUGAUCCUCUUUGAUGUUCAGCUCCCUCCUGUUGUGUUUUUCCAAGGAUAUAGCGACUUAGUGGAAAAGCUCUGGUCCCUCACUGAAGAACCCACAAGCAUAAUUAAAGGAUCCAUCUUAGUUAUUGACCAUCUACAGGCAAUCCAACUGCAGUCAGGGAUUCAAGCAAGCACUGAAUUCCAAGGAGGGCUUGGGAUUGAUGUUUCAGGCACCAUUGCACUCAGCUUGUGGAGUCAACAAUCUACAACUAACAUCAGAAAUCGGGGAUCGUUAGUGAUCAAUUCAGUAAUGAAGGUGGAUACGCCCCUUCUGCAGGUGGGAGUGAACUGCAGUUUGGAAGCUGCAGCUUCUCUGGAUUUUGUGAGUUCCGUUAAAUUUUUGGAAUCCCCAAUUCUGAUCUGUCUACAGUUGCUGAAGAAACCGUUCCCAUACAGAGAGACAGUUACGAUCUACCAGUCCUUGCGAAAGGGGGAUCCGUUUCUCAUCAGGAAGGCGAGAACGUUGCGAGUUCAGGGCAUGGAGUUACCGUUGCAUCGAGCCAACUCAGAAAUGUGUAAAAAGAUGCUCUCAGAGGAAGCGUAGGCUCCAGACUGGGUGGUGAUCUUGUUCAACACUGUUAACAUGACUGGGAAUUUCCUUGCAACUGCUCCUUGCAGUAACAUCGCCGCAAGUGCACCGUAACACCCCCCACCCCGACCUUGACACGCGAUUUCGAAGAAAUUCCCAGCCUCUGUAUACCUGUUGCCAGGCAAAUUAGCAUUGACCUUUCAAAUGCAAUACUUGAGUUGGUACAAUUAGUAAAGCAAUUUAAAAGUGAAUUGCAAAAAUCAGUAAAAGCCAUAGGACAUAACAGCAUGUCUCUUGGAGCAGUUCUGUGGAUUGAAAGCCACUUGUCCAAUCUGCAGUAUACCUCAUGUUGCAAACACAACGGUGUUUAGUAUGAAACUGUCUCCCAUUCCCUAAGCUUUGCUAUGGUAUUUAUGUUUCACCUUUUACCCAGUUUUUCUCUCUUCCCACUUCCAAUCACUUUAUCAACCACAAGGUCAAAGCAACAGGCUUUGACUUGCCUGCCUAUUUCUGCCGAGCCUUUCUGAGGCCAGGGAAGUUGUGGUGAGAUUGAAGUUAAAGCACCUCUUAGUGAGAUGAGAUACAACUGGGAAUAGAAGGGCUGAACUCUCAAAAUGUAACCCUCAGAAAAAAAAAAUUGGUUGAUUUGAUUCUCGUUUAAGAAGUUGAAUUUAAUGCAUUGAGAAACCCCGAGCAGUGGGUUUCAUCAUUAACUGUGUAAGAUUUGCUCAUUUUUAAUUUGGAAAGAAGGUGCCACAGUUCGAGGUUGAAUUCACUUCAGCAUAAAACCAACCUUGCCAUCUUUCCAAGCAAUCACUGUUAUUAUUUAACUCCCAGGGCCUCACUCCAUUGCUCUGCAGGAUUUGGCAACCCCGUCACAGCCUGAGAACUCUCUAUUCCUCUGACUAUGACCUCUUACGCAUUCAUGAGUCCUUUCAACCCACUACUGAUAGCUAUACAUUGAGCUAUCUAGGUCCUAAACUCUGAAAUUCCCUACCUAAACAUCUCCAUCUCCCCCCACCCCCCUCUCCUCAAUCAAGACACUCACCAAAAACUACACUUUUAACUGAGCAUUAGUUUUGACCUUAAUGUCUCUUAAAUGAGGCUCAGUGUUAUCAUUUGUUUGAAACGCAUCACUCUGGGAUGUUUCACUGUGUUAAGGGGCUUUAUAAAUACAAUUCUAUUGUUUUAUUUCUCUCUUUGCUUCAUCCCCUGGAAGCUGAUUGGCUGCCAGGACUCUUAGCCAAGUGACUGUCCUUAGUGCGUUGAGCCCUGAGCUGUGAGUAGUUGCAGCCAGUUCGAUGGAACGAUUGUGUUCCUCAAUCAAAGCUGGCAGGCAGCAAUUUUCCUGGAGCUGGUUCCUGUUGAACUUUCAGGAGCCAUUAUCCUGGCCAGUUCUUCUCUCUGUAUGCUAGGUACUGAGGGCCAUUCAGGGAAGCCUGGCUGAUGUCAAAGAUGGUGGCAGCAGGGUCAGCAGUGUUUGGCUCCUGACUGCAGUGCCUCAGCCGCUCAUGGCUCUAGCGGCGGGUUCUGCCGCAUCUACGCAACUUCAUUGUCAUGUUUUUUUCUUGUUUUGGCUGCCCUGGAGCCUCCUCCUAUGGGAGGCCGGGGCCCCUCCCGUAUCUCCAUCCCCGCUCCAUCUUGGCUAGCAGUGGAAGACAAGCCAGGACCCCAUCGGUCAACGCCCAGCAUCGGAGGAAGCUGUGGGACCCGUGCAGCGUGACUGUCUCCCAAUUGGAGGUGGUGGACGUGGAAAUGAUGGGCCGGUGGUGGCAGGAAGGGAGCACAUUGCCAGGACCCCAGGGACGGCGUCGGAUGGUGGUGAUGGGGGAGCAGAGAGGGGGAAGGCUACAGACAGAGAAAGGUGGACUUUUGAAGCUGUUUCAGUUUUAGUAAAUAUCAAUUUAACAUUAAUUUAUUCAGUAUUUUACCAUUAAUACACUUUAUUCAGUAAGUUAUUCUGUAAUCCAAGAUGGUCCCGGAAUAAGGCGACAUUAUCCACUUUCCACUGUACAAGUGACAGAAUAUUUAAUAAAUCUACUGAGAAUCAUGACUGGAACAAAGGCCGCAGAUUGAACCCUGGGCCAGAAUGAGGAUUGCUUUCAGCGGGAAAGGAGGUCGAACCAUAGAAAGGAUACAACACAGAAGGGAGUCAUUUGGCCCAUUUCUCCAUGCUGACCCAAAGAAACACAGCUUCCCUUUCUAAUUCCAUCUUCACAUAGCCCUGCAGCUUUACAGCCCUUAACGUGCAGAUCCAGGUACUUUCUGAGAGUUUAGGGUCUUACACCAACUGGUUGAGAUAUAUGACCAACAGGCAACUCACUAUCAUCCAAGACCAUUUCACUCCCCAUCUUCCCUGUAACACUUAGGACCAACAGGAGUUUAAAUCAGGCCCUAUCUUUAACAUAUUAAUUGCUGGUGAGGACGUCCAGAAUAAUUUGGGUAGCUUUUGCCUAUGCUGCAUUUCAAUGCAGAACCAAUAAAGAAAGUACUACUGAAGUUUUAAACAGUUCCUAAAUUUCAGAUCACUUACUUAAUAAAUUUUAUUUGAUGAAUCUACA